AUGUCGUCCGUGAAGGUGGCGGUCCGUGUGCGACCCUUCAACUCCCGGGAAAUCGCCCGGGAGUCAAAAUGUAUCAUUGAAAUGUCCGGCAACACGACUUGCAUCACAAACCCGAAAGUUCCGCCCGGUUCGAGCGAAUCGGUCAAACGCUUCAACUACGAUUACUCCUACUGGUCACACGAUCCUCGAGAUCUGGAAUUCUCCACACAAGCCAUGGUGUACUCCGACAUUGGAGAGGAAAUGUUGCAACAUUCGUUCGACGGUUACAACGUUUGCAUCUUCGCAUACGGACAAACGGGUGCCGGCAAAUCGUACACUAUGAUGGGCAAACAGGAGGAAAGCCAGGAGGGCGUGAUACCGAUGAUCUGUAAGGAUCUGUUCCGUCGAAUACAGGAGACAGAAAGUGACGAUCUGAAGUACUCGGUGGAGGUGUCGUACAUGGAGAUUUACUGUGAACGCGUCCGUGAUUUGCUAAACCCAAAGAAUAAAGGAAAUCUGAAGGUGCGUGAGCAUCCGCUGCUUGGCCCGUACGUGGAAGAUCUGUCCAAAUUGGCUGUCACAUCAUACCAGGACAUUCACGACCUAAUCGACGAGGGCAACAAAGCACGUACUGUGGCCGCCACCAACAUGAACGAAACGAGCUCAAGAUCACACGCUGUGUUUACGAUUUUCUUCACCCAGAAGCGUCAGGAUCGCAUGACCAGUCUCGAAACAGAGAAGGUCUCGAAAAUUAGUCUGGUCGAUUUGGCUGGAUCUGAGCGGGCCGAUUCGACGGGUGCGAAGGGCACCCGACUGAAGGAGGGCGCCAACAUAAACAAGAGUCUCACCACUCUGGGCAAGGUCAUAUCGGCGCUGGCUGAAAUUGCAUCAAAGAAUAAGAAAUCAAAGAAAGCUGAUUUCAUUCCCUAUCGUGAUUCGGUUUUGACAUGGUUGCUCAGAGAAAACCUUGGCGGUAACUCAAAAACUGCCAUGAUAGCUGCGAUAUCGCCGGCCGAUAUAAAUUACGAUGAAACACUGAGCACAUUGAGAUAUGCCGAUCGGGCUAAACAGAUCGUCUGUAAAGCCGUCGUCAACGAGGACGCUAAUGCGAAACUUAUUCGCGAACUCAAGGAAGAAAUACAAAAGCUGCGCGAGCUACUCAAAGCCGAAGGCAUCGAGGUGCAGGAAGGACCGGACGGUAAAGUGGUUUGUGAAAAGCGAGAUGCUAAUAAGGACGAAUGCCUCAUCAAAUCUGACAAAAUUGAAUCAGUUGGUGGUGUGGUUAUUACCGAAGAAGGCGAAGAUGGUGAGAAGAAGAUUCAUUCGCCGAACCGCAAUCGCAAGCGUACCGGUUCCAGUACGGAAAUGGCAGUCGAUCAGCUGCAGGCAAGCGAAAAACUGAUUGCCGAACUGAACGAAACCUGGGAAGAAAAAUUGAAGCGAACCGAACAAAUUCGUGUGCAGCGAGAAGCUGUCUUUGCCGAAAUGGGUGUGGCAGUGAAAGAGGAUGGCAUUACUGUUGGUGUUUUCUCGCCAAAGAAAUCGCCCCAUCUGGUGAAUCUCAACGAGGAUCCAACACUUUCCGAAUGUUUGUUGUAUUACAUUAAGGACGGACUCACUCGUCUCGGUACAUCGGAAGCGAACGUACCUCAGGAUAUUCAACUGUCCGGCUCGCACAUCUUAAAGGAGCAUUGCGGGUUUGAAAACAAAGAUGGAGUAGUUACGCUGGUACCACAUAAGGAUGCAUUGGUCUAUGUGAACGGUCGGAAGGUAAUCGAACCGGAGGUUCUACAAACUGGUUCGCGUGUCAUCUUGGGACGCAAUCAUGUGUUUCGGUUCACGCACCCUGAGCAGGCACGAGAGAAGCGAGAGAAAAAUAAGGAGGUCGAUGUGUGCGAAACACCGGGUAAUAGUGGCGAAAUUGCCGAUUGGAACUUUGCCCAGUGCGAACUGUUGGAGAAGCAAGGUAUUGAUUUGAAGGCAGAAAUGGAAAAACGUCUGCUAGCGCUAGAGGAACAAUACAAGCGCGAAAAGCGGGCUGCCGACCAAGAGUUUGAAGAGCAACGUAAAACCUAUGAGGCAAGGAUCGAUGCACUUCAGAAACAAGUCGAAGAACAGUCAAUGACAAUGUCGAUGUAUAGCAGCUACAGCCCUGAAGAUUUUCAUCAAGAAGAAGACAUAUUUGUUAAUCCGCUUUUUGAAUCCUGUUGGACAGCACGCGAAGCAGGUUUGGCCGCAUGGGCCUUUCGCAAAUGGCGUUACCAUCAAUUCACAUCACUUCGUGACGAUCUCUGGGGCAAUGCUAUUUUCCUAAAGGAAGCCAAUGCAAUUUCGGUUGAAUUGAAGAAGAAGGUACAAUUCCAAUUCACGCUACUGACGGACACUCUAUACUCUCCGCUGCCACCGGAAUUGACACCCGCGUCGGCUGUAGGUGCUCUGACAAAUGGAGGCCAGGAAGAUGAAUUUGGCCAGACACCCAUGCCAAGAACGACUGUGGCAGUUGAAGUGACCGAUACGAAAAAUGGUGCCACCCAUUACUGGAGUUUAGAAAAGUUGCGGUAUCGGUUGGAACUGAUGCGACAAAUCUAUAACACAUCCGAUACAUCUCCGGAGAUGAUGAGCUUUGUGCUUGAGCUGUCCAGUGGUGAGCUCACGCCAGAACAUUCCGGUACACAGUAUCCAGCGUUCGCACAUCCGCCGUUGUCGGUUUCGAAACAACAGCAGGAGCAUCUGGUAGCAGAACAACCUGCAGCUGCACGGUUAUUGGCAGGGUUAGCGCCUAACUGUGAGGGCAGCAAAUGUUUGACUUCACCAACAAAUUCGGUUUCAUCAUUAUCGUCAUCAUCCUGUGGUACGGCAUCACCACCAUCCGUCAUCUUCGACGGAGGUGUCGUUGUAUCCAACAGUAGCAGCAGUUUCGGAAGAGCCGGCACGAGACUUACUCUGGCCAAUUUGAUGCCUUCUAGGCAACGUCUCGAAUUGAUGCGUGAGAUGUAUCACAACGAAGCAGAGCUGAGUCCAACAUCACCGGAUUAUAAUGUAGAAAGUUUGACAGGUGGUGAUCCAUUCUAUGAUCGAUUCCCUUGGUUCCGGAUGGUCGGAAGAUCAUUUGUGUAUUUGAGCAACUUACUGUAUCCGGUUCCACUGGUCCACAAGGUAGCAAUUGUGAAUGAGCGUGGAGAUGUACGUGGCUAUUUGCGCGUUGCCGUACAGCCCGUGAUGGAUGAAGAAAAUGCGGACUUUAGCAACGGUGUCAAGCAAUCUGCACGCAUCUUGUUCGAUGAGGAGCAGAACGGACAGCAUAAGGUGCCGAAGAUUCGAACUAUUCCAGAUAAGGACGAAAAAUACAUCGAGGGAGGCAAUGACAUGGGCACUAAGCUGGAGGAAUUGGAGCAGGAAGAUGCGGAUUCUGGACGUGGUGAUUCGAGCGUUGCCUCGGAGCUGCACGAAUCGAACGAUCAGGAACCAGGUGAACAUUUGCAACCCGGUAAAGAGUUUACCUUCCGUGUUACCGUGCUGCAGGCCACGGGUAUUGCGGCCGAGUAUGCUGAUAUAUUCUGUCAGUUUAACUUUUUGCAUCGACAUGAGGAAGCGUUCUCGACGGAACCAGUAAAGAAUUCUGGAUCGGGAGCACCGCUUGGAUUCUAUCACGUACAAAAUAUUACAGUUCCGGUAACGAAAUCCUUCAUCGAAUAUCUUAAAACGCAACCGAUAGUUUUCAAGGUGUUUGGCCAUUAUCAGCACCACCCGUUGCAUAAGGAUGCCAAGCAAGACUGCCAGAUCACGAGGCCACCUCCAAGGCGUAUGUUGCCUCCGAGCAUUCCGAUCAGUCAACCAGUUCGCAGCCCAAAAUUUGGCCCAUUGCCAUGCCCGCCGUCAUCGACGGUUUUGGCCAAGCACGAUGUGCUCGUAUGGUUCGAAAUAUGUGAAUUGGCACCGAAUGGUGAAUAUGUACCGGCUGUCGUCGACCACAGUGACGAUCUACCUUGUCGUGGACUGUUCCUGUUGCAUCAGGGCAUUCAGAGGCGUAUUCGUAUAACGAUCGUACACGAACCGACACCCGAAGUGAAAUGGAAGGACAUUCGCGAAUUAGUUGUCGGGCGUAUUCGUAACCAACCAGAACCGGCCGAUGACGAAGACUCUGAUUCGUGCGUUCUGUCGCUUGGAUUGUUCCCGGGCGAGGUGUUGGAGGUACCUGGAGAUGAUCGGUCGUUCUUCCGCUUCGAAGCUGCUUGGGAUUCGAGUCUGCACAAUUCGGCAUUGCUCAACCGUGUCACACAGACGGGCGAACAGAUUUAUAUUACGCUGAGCGCAUAUCUGGAGCUCGAUAACUGUGCCCGUCCUGCCAUCAUUACGAAGGAUCUCAGCAUGAUUAUCUAUGGCCGUGACGCUCGCACUGGACCGCGCUCGCUUAAGCAUCUUUUUUCGGGCCAAUACCGCAACCCGGAAGCCAACCGUCUGUCGGGAGUGUAUGAGCUGUCACUGAGAAGAGCUUCUGAAGCAGGUAGUCCAGGUGUCCAACGUCGACAGCGCCGUGUUCUGGAUACGAGCUCUACUUAUGUGCGAGGUGAGGAAAACCUGCACGGCUGGCGUCCACGUGGAGAUUCUCUCAUCUUCGACCAUCAGUGGGAAUUGGAAAAGCUUACUCGGUUGGAAGAGGUUGGCCGCGUAAGGCAUCUGUUACUGCUGCGUGAACGGCUCGGAAUGGACACGACACCGAACCCAACCACCAAAACCGAAAAAGAUGUAUGCAAUCUGGCUCAGCGUGCCAGUGCAUCACCGGUACACAUGGUUAUUCCACCGUCUCCACAAACACCGGUGAAAGAUCAACAGACACCAGCUUUGCCGGAGCGUGAACUUUCAGUCCGCGAAACUGAGUUGGUGUGGAAGUGUGUGAAGUUAAUUCAAGGGCGCAUCGGUUGCAAGGAAAUAGGUACUGAGGGUAACGGUUCCGGUACACAAGCAUCUGACGCAUCGCCGGGUGACGAGGGAUGUGCGGAUAUGAAUGCAAGCUACAUUUCGAGCAAUUCCAUUGAACUGUGCUCACCGGAACGAGUAGAUGUACCGAAUGGUUGGGAAGCACCGGCCCCGGCGCCUCAAACGCAGGAACUUUCGCUGAGAUUGUAUGUGCCGGAGCUGGAGGAAAUUCGAGUCAGCCCAGUAGUAGCUCGAAAAGGUUACCUUAACGUGCUCGAACAUGGUGGCUCCGGUUGGAAGAAACGAUGGGUCACCGUACGGCGACCAUACGUUUUCAUCUUCCGUUCCGAUAAAGAUCCGGUAGAACGGGCUGUCUUAAACCUGGCCACAGCGCAGGUGGAAUGUAGCGAAGACCAAGCGGCAAUGGUGAAGGUUCCAAACACAUUUAGCGUUGUCACCAAACAUCGAGGAUAUUUGCUGCAGACACUUGGUGAUAAGGAAGUUCAUGAUUGGUUGUAUGCGAUCAAUCCACUGUUGGCUGGACAAAUUAGGUCUCGACUAGCCAGGAAAAACAUUUCUAGCAUAAGCAGCACCGGAAGUGGCGCUAGUGAUCAGCAACAGGGGACGACGGGAGCGUCCGCGCUGACUGUAGCAGCAGCCCAGGGCAACGGGGGUAACAGUAAUUCUGGAGGCAAAUGA